AUGUCUAUCGCCAGAGGAAAAUACCUUAGAAGCAACUCCAACGAGGCCGCCUUCAUGAGCCCCAUGUACAGAAUGCCAGCCAAGCAGAUUAUAUAUUCUCCCAGUGUCCACGGUGGGGCCGGAGGAUGGGGCACUAGGAUUUCUACCAGCACAACCCAGGCCCAAUACGGCGAGGGCCUUGGGGUGGGCACGUUACUAACGGGCAACGAGAAGGGGACCAUGCAAAAUCUAAAUGACCGCCUGGCUACCUACCUGGAAAAGGUGCGCUCCCUCCAGCAAGCCAACUCCACGCUGGAAGUGCAGAUUAGACAGUGGCACGAGAAGAACUCCACUCCGAUGGGCCGAGACUACAGCUCGUAUUACAAGACGAUUGAGGCGCUCCAAGAUCAGAUUAAGGCGGCCCAACUAAACAACGCUCAGUUGGUCCUGCAGAUCGACAAUGCCAAGCUGGCGGCGGAAGACUUCAGAGUCAAAUAUGAGACUGAACUAGGAAUGCGUGUGUCAGUAGAGGGAGAUAUCCAGGGGUUGACCAAAGUCGCCGACAACCUGACCCUAAAUAAGGCCAGAUUGGAAUCGGAGGUCGAAAACUUGACCGAGGAGAUCGUUUUACUCAGGAAGAACCAUCAGGAGGAAGUUGAUACCCUGCGCAAGCAUCUGGGGGCCACCGUCAAAGUGGAAGUGGAUGCAGCGCCCGGCCAAGACCUCGGGGCCAUCAUAAAUGAGAUGAGGGAGAAGUACGAAAGCAUGGCCAAGAAGAACAUUCAGGAGGCCAAGGAGCACUUCGAGACCCAGACGAUCGAGGUGGAGAAUCAGAUCACCCUGAACAAUAAAGAACUGGAGGCCAGCAUGACCCAAGUCAAGGAGCUGAGGCACAAGUGGCAGAACCUGGAGAUAGAGCUGCAGUCCCAGCUCAGCCAGAGAGGUGCAUUGGAGCAAACCCUGGAGGGGACCAAUACCCGUUAUGGGGCCCAGCUGGCCCAGCUGCAGGCAGUGCUCAACGCUCUGAAGGCCCAGCUAAUCCAGGUGCGCUCAGAAUCGGAGAGGCAGAGCAACGACUUCAACAUCCUUCUUGACGUCAAGAACCGGCUGGAGAAGGAGAUUGCUACUUACCGCCGCCUCCUAGAAGGAGAGGAGAUACUAACUGUGGACAGUGAGACAACUCUUCUGGAUGAAAAAGAUGUGAAGAAAACCCGGAAAAUCAGGAUGGUGGUGGAAGAAAUGGUGGAUGGGAAGAUUGUCUCAACCCAAACCAAGGAGAUGAACGAGUCUAUGGAGAGUGACAAAUGA